CCGGGCGCCGUGCGGCGGCCUCGCGGUGCCUAGGCUGGGGCGGGCGGCGGUGACGCGCUCAGUCGCGCGGAGCGGGAGCCGGGCCGGGAGCGCGGGCGGCGACGGCGGCAGGAUGAACAGCAUCAAGAGCGUGCCGGCGCGGGUGCUGAGCCGCAGGCCGGGCCACAGCCUGGAGGCCGAGCGCGAGCAGUUCGACAAGACCCAGGCCAUCAGCAUCAGCAAAGCCAUCAACACCCAGGAGGCCCCCGUGAAGGAGAAGCAUGCCCGGCGCAUCAUUCUGGGCACUCACCAUGAGAAGGGGGCCUUCACCUUCUGGUCCUACGCCAUUGGUCUGCCCCUUCCCAGCAGCUCUAUCCUCAGCUGGAAGUUCUGCCACGUGCUCCACAAGGUCCUCCGAGAUGGGCACCCGAAUGUGCUACAUGACUGCCAACGCCAUCGGAGCAACAUUCGGGAGAUCGGAGAUCUGUGGGGACAUUUGCAUGACCGCUACGGACAGCUGGUGAAUGUUUAUACCAAACUCUUGCUGACCAAAAUCUCCUUCCAUCUCAAGCACCCCCAGUUUCCUGCGGGCCUGGAAGUGACGGACGAAGUGUUGGAGAAAACUGCUGGGACCGACGUCAACAAUAUCUUCCAGCUCACCGUGGAGAUGUUUGAUUACAUGGACUGUGAGCUGAGGCUUUCUGAAUCAGUUUUCCGGCAGCUCAACACAGCCAUCGCUGUGUCCCAGAUGUCCUCGGGCCAGUGCCGCCUGGCUCCCCUCAUCCAGGUCAUCCAGGACUGCAGCCACCUCUACCAUUACACAGUCAAGCUCAUGUUCAAGCUGCACGCCUGUCUCCCAGCUGACACCCUGCAAGGCCACAGGGACCGGUUCCACGAGCAGUUUCACAGCCUCAGGAAUUUCUUCCGGAGAGCCUCUGACAUGCUCUACUUUAAGCGGCUCAUCCAGAUCCCCCGGCUGCCUGAGGGACCUCCCAACUUCCUGCGGGCCUCAGCGCUGGCCGAGCACAUCAAGCCUGUGGUGGUGAUCCCCGAGGAGGCCCCUGAGGACGAGGAGCCCGAGAACCUCAUUGAGAUCAGCACAGGGCCCCCAGCUGGGGAACCAGCGGUGGUGGCCGACCUCUUUGAGCAGACGUUCGGACCCCCCAAUGGAUCCUUGAAGGAUGACAGGGACGUGCAGAUCGAGACCCUGAAGAGAGAGGUGGAGACGCUCCGCGCAGAGCUGGAGAAGAUCAGGCUGGAGGCCCAGCGCUACGUCUCGCAGCUGAAGGGCCAGGUGAACGCGCUGGAGGCCGAGCUGGAGGAGCAGCGGAAGCAGAAGCAGAAGGCGCUGGUGGACAACGAGCAGCUGCGCCACGAGCUGACCCAGCUGCGGGCCGCCCAGCGGGAAGGCGAGCGGAACCAGGGCCUGCGCGAGGAGGCCGAGAAGAGGGCGAGCGCCACUGAGGCGCGCUACCAGAAGCUCAAGGAGAAGCACAGCGAGCUCAUCAGCACACACGCCGAGCUGCUCAGGAAGAACGCGGACACGGCCAAGCAGCUGACGGUGACCCAGCAGAGCCAGGAGGAGGUGGCGCGGGUGAAGGAGCAGCUGGCCUUCCAGAUGGAGCAAGAGAGACGGGAGUCCGAGCUGAAGCUGGAGGAGCAGACUGACCUGCUGGAGAAGCUCAAGAGGGAGCUGGAGGCCAAGGCGGGAGAGCUGGUGCGCACGCGGGAGGCCCUGAGCCGCACGGAGCAGAGCGGCUCGGAGCUGAGCUCCAGGCUGGACGCACUGAGCGCAGAGAAGGCCGAGCUGAGCAGUGCGGUGCUGCGACAGGAGGCGGACCUGCUGGCGGCCCAGGGCCUGGUGCGGGAGAAGGAGGCGGCGUUGAGCCAGGAGCAGCAGCGCGGCUCUCGGGAGACGGCUGAGCUGCAGAGGCAGCUGGCGGACAAGGAGUCUCAGGAGCAAGAACUGAGGCGUAGGCUUGUGGACGAGCAGUUUGCAGUGCUCCAGGCCACUGCCACCGAGGCCCAGCGCAUCCUGCAGGACGCCGUGGCCAAGCUGGAUGACCCCCUGCACGUGCGCUGCACCAGCUCGCCGGACUACUUGGUGAGCAGGGCCCAGGCAGCCCUGGACGCCGUGAGCGCCCUGGAGAAGGGCCAUGCCCAGUACCUGGUGUCCGGGUCAGACGCCUCUGUGCUGGUGGCAGCCCUGACCCACUUCUCCCACGUGGCCGCAGACACCAUCGUCAACGGCGGUGCCACCUCCCACCUGGCACCCACCGACCCUGCCGACCGCCUGAUCGACACGUGCCGGGAGUGCGGGGCCCGGGCUCUGGAGCUCGUGGGGCAGCUGCAGCAGCAGCAGACCCUGCAGCAGGCCCAGCCCGGCCUGGUGCGGACCCCGCUGCGGGGCAUCCUUCAGCUGGGCCAGGAGCUGAAGCCCAAGAGCCUGGACGUGCGUCAGGAGGAGCUCGGGGCCGUGGUGGACAAGGAGAUGGCGGCCACGUCCGCGGCCAUCGAAGACGCCGUGCGGAGGAUCGAGGACAUGAUGAACCAGGCCCGCCAUGCCAGCUCCGGGGUGAAGCUAGAGGUGAACGAGAGGAUCCUCAAUUCGUGCACAGACCUGAUGAAGGCCAUCCGGCUCUUGGUGACGACGUCCACCAGCCUGCAGAAGGAAAUCGUGGAGGGCGGCAGGGGGGCAGCCACGCAGCAGGAAUUUUAUGCCAAGAACUCCAGGUGGACUGAAGGCCUCAUCUCCGCUUCCAAGGCCGUGGGCUGGGGAGCCACGCAGCUGGUGGAGUCGGCCGACAGGGUGGUGCUCCACACGGGCAAGUACGAAGAGCUCAUCGUCUGUUCGCACGAGAUCGCAGCCAGCACGGCCCAGCUGGUGGCGGCCUCCAAGGUGAAGGCAGACAAACACAGCCCGCACCUGAGCCGCCUGCAGGAGUGCUCCCGCACCGUCAACGAGAUGGCCGCCAACGUGGUGGCCUCCACCAGAUCAGGCCAGGAGCAGAUCGAAGAAAGAGACACCAUGGACUUCUCCGGCCUGUCCCUCAUCAAGCUGAAGAAGCAGGAGAUGGAGACCCAGGUUCGUGUCCUGGAGCUGGAGAAGACGCUGGAGGCGGAGCGUAUGCGGCUGGGGGAGCUGCGGAAGCAGCACUACGUGCUGGCUGGCGGCGUGGGGACACUGAGCGAGGAGGAGCCCAGCCGACCCAGUGCUGCCCCCCGUGGUGGGACCUCCAGGAAGCCACCCCUAGCCCAGAAGCCCAGUGUGGCAGCCCAGCAGGACCAGCAGCUGGACAAGAAGGGUGGCAUCUACCCGGCUCAGCUCGUGAACUACUAGGCUCCCGAGGGGGCCAGCAGGCAGGCCUGGGCCUUGGGUGGCCGCCCCAUCUCGGCUGCGGAGCCUCCACGGGGUGUGGUCCCCCACCCCACGGACCGGAUCAGUGUCCCCGAGGUCCCCAGCCCUCGCUGAACCCAAAGGAUCAGGGGCCGGUUCUCCGUCUGCAACAGGCACUCGUGAGCGCAGCCAGGAUCUAGCAGGCCCGAGCCACAACGUCUUCAGGAAACACAUGGAACAUUUGUAAUAUUCUGAGUUCAAGCUUUCCUUUGUGAGUUUGUAUUCACCCUGAGAAGCAGGGCCCCAGGAGCGGGACUUUGGGUAGGACCUCCCCUGCCUUUUGAACUCAAGGUCUGAGGUUAGCGAUGAACGGUCAGUCCAUGCUGGCUGUUGGGGACAUAGGCAAGAUGUGGUAGCUACUUGUA